AUGGGAAAGGUGAAGAAGACUCGGAAGAACACGUAUUAUUAUAAUAUGGAUAGGAAGAAGCUGAGGCGCAGAGUGAAGAAGAAAAGUGCUCCGAGGAUCCAAUGUGAUGAGAUCAGAAAUGCCUGGAAUCGCUCAAAAUCACUGGCUGGAAACAUGGCUCAGAUGGGCUUGGUUGCACGGUGAUUGGUGAACCGAGCAGAGUUCGAAAGCCAUAUGUACUAGAAGGUCUGAAAGCUGCUGCCAGCCUGCCAUCCAAAAAAGACU